CCUGGCGAAACUUCGGGAAUUGCGCCUCGGACACAAUUCUCUGAAUAAUAUUCCUGACCUCUUGUUCAGCACUCUGAGACAGCUCCGCAAACUCAUGCUCUUCUCCAAUCACAUCACGGAGUUGCAAGAGAAAUCCUUCGUUGGUCUGCAUCGAGUGAAAGUACUCUACCUCAACAAUAAUCUCAUCAAAUUCCUGCAUCCAAAUGUCUUUCAGCCUCUGCGGAAAUUGAGUAAACUUCGUCUGGAUUGGAAUGAUUUGCUCUUCCUUCCGCAAGGAUGUCUGGACAUGAUUCCAAGGCUCUCGGCCGUUAAGCUGCAGGAGAAUCCGUGGCACUGCGACUGUCGAAUGAUCUAUUUGGCGCGAUGGCUGAGAUCUUCUGCGUCUCACGCCUGGAACACUGAGCUGCUCUGCAAAACUCCAGAACAACUUGAGGGCCAAUCGCUGAGUCUGUUGCGCUUCGACAGUCUCUGUCGCGGUCAGUGGGCUGCGAUGGUGAGUCUAUCGCCGCGCCUGCCCAUCCGGAAGCAGCGCUUUCAUGCGCCUCGAACACUUUUCGAUGUCCUGCGACAACACCAGCUCGUCUAAACUGCCCUCA